UCUGUUGAAUUAGUUCAAUUUUGAUUCUUAUCUAUUUUCUAAUCAAAUCAAUCACCUUAAUUGUUGUAGAUUUUCGUUUUUCAUUCUAAUUCUGGUUGAUUAACAAACCAUCAAUCAAUAUACAAUCAGUUUAAUUAUCGACAGUUAAACGUAAUCACAGUUUUAAUUAAAUAAUUUCCACUGUUGAGGUUGAGGUUUUUUUUUGUUCUCUUUUUGGUCAAUUGUUUAUUGACAGUUUUAUCUAUAAUCUCAACAUUAACUAAUCUUAAUUUAGUUUAAAAUCAACAUUUGUGUCAAUCAACGGAAUCAAUUGUUCUCAAUUAAUCAAAAUUUAAGUGAAUUAAAUUACCUGAGAUAUUUAAUUCCAUCAUCGGGAGUGCGAUAAAAAGCUUUACCUCCAAUAGCUUUUUGUGUAAAAACGAAAAGAAAAGAAAAAUUUUGGCGUUUUGACAGUCAUUCAAUUGGAAUAAUUUGAUUUUUUUUUCUAUCAUCAAUUAUUCACCUUUAAUUAGUCAAAUUGUUGAUUGUUUAAAUAUAUUGUUUUUUGUUUCGGUUGAUUUUUGAUUUUCAACAAUGUACCGAAUCUUUUGUAAUGGUUGUUACACUUUCUUCAAUAAGGACAGAAUGUUUUCAUUAACGAGCUGCGGCCAUGUUUAUUGUUCAAAUUGUCUUCCUCAUGGCAACCGAGAUAAUUGUAAGAUAUGUAAACGAAAGUUCUCAAAAAUGAACAUCACCAAGCAUAUGCCCGAAUCAACGCAAAUGCUGUUCAAGGAUUUGAAAAGGAACCUCAUGAGUUUCACCAAAGUAAUUCGAUUCCAAAGUGAUCAAAGUGAAUAUUUAAUUCAACAUCUAUUCAAAGAGAACGAGCGUCUUAAGCGAUUGGUUUCCUGUUUAAAGAAGCGAGGAAAAUUUCUUGAGAAAAACUGUUCAACUAAUGUCACCAGGCAAAUGUACGCGACCAUAAAACAGGAGCCAAUUGACGAUGAUUACCACGAAUUCCCUGUAAAAGGAAAACCAGAUUCUCAUGACGUUGGAAUAAAAGAUGAAGAUCUUGCUAAUGUCGAUUGGAGUGACGAUUUGGAUGUCGAUGAGUAUGAAAAGAAAACUCGACAAUAUGUGAACAAUAAAAAUUUCAUUCCUCAAGUGAAAAAUUUUCCUGAAGUAAAUGAAAAUGGACUCACCUCAGAGAUGAGAAAGAUGGGAAUCAAUGUCUCACACAAUUUGGCUCAGGUUAACAAACCAAGAAUUGAUCAAGACCGAGUCAAAAUUGAGAAUGUAAAACCAUGGAAUUAUCCUCAAACCAUCCCGGCAACUCGUCAAUCAACAAUUGAUCAAUUUUUGUCGCGCGGAAAUAACUUCAUCGACAGUGUUAAAUCUCAUCAUUUCCCAUUGAAUAGCCAACCAAUCGUUCCCGUUGGAUCAGGAAAUUAUCCAAACACAGUUCUGACCACUCGUUCGAUCGACGCGAAAUCUUUAAACAGACAAUACAACGAUUUCUAGUAAAAGUGUUCGUCAUACUGACCAAUCUUCUAGAUGUUCAAAGCCAAAAUCUCCAGUGCGACUUUAAAAGAAGAUACUUAUAGCCCAACCAAAAAGAUUAAUUUUCAAGAUUUAUAUUAGUUCAUUUUUUCACUUCCGUUGGCUGAGCCAAAAAUUGCUUAUCAUUUUCAUUAUCCAUUCAUUAUAUUACAUUCGUAUUUCUUUACAUUACAUGAAACAAUAGACAAACUCUAAUUCAACAUAAACCACCACAUAUUCAGUAGGAGAAAAAAAGUAUCUAAUCUUUAUUAAUUUUCAUUGAGAAUUGUGAGAUCAACUCAAAUCCGAUAUGUAAACACAGACUUUAAUAGAAAACAAUCAAAUCUGAAAACGAAAAUAACAUUUGAUUGAAUAUUCUCCAUUA